AUGGAUUAUUACAAUAAGGGCAAGCAUCACAUGGAUAAAUGCCUUGGCGAUAUGAUCAAUUACAUCUGUGAUAAAGCCCAUGAAAUGUGCGAGGUAGAUUCGUGCGAUCACCCGGGAACAGAACAUAUUUCGACGUACACUCAUAACGAUGGAAGAAUAAGUUUUUCUGUUGAAGAGCUGCCAGAUCCAAAGUUGAAGCAUCUGAAUGACGAAAUCAUCAUGUGGACUCAAUGUAAGCUAUGUUCAUCGAAGACACCACUAGUCCAGAUGUCACAGUCCACGUAUUUUUAUUCCUUCGCCAAAUAUCUUGAGGUCUUAUUUUACAAUGAAGAUUUUGCGUGCAAAGGUUUAUGUUCGCAUGUUGAAUUACGCGACACGCUGCUGCGAUACUUUCGCCGAGGUGAUCUUGUAGUAAAAGUGAAGUACGAACAUGUGGACCUUUUUGAGAUGCGCUUGCCAAAAUUACAAAUAAAUCCCGAUCUAAAUAAAACUCCAACCGGUGUGGAGGAUGCGGAGAAGUUGUUUGUUAUAGAUGAGGAGGAUGAAAGAAGAUUGAACAAUGAGACCAGAUUGGAGAUCACGUACUUUUAUGGGGCGGUAAAACAGCACAUCACAACAUUGGAAGAUUAUUUUUAUGAGAUUCUCAAGAAAUCCAACAGCAAUGAUACCGCUGGCACCACCUUGAUCAAAGAUGACGGUGAUAAUGAAAUGAAGGCUUCAGAGAGAGCAAUGCCAUCCUUGAGAUCUCUCGACGAACUUACCCAGACCUUUCGCACCGAGGAAUUCGAACUUUAUCGCACAUUAAAGAACACCAAGGUGACAGUUCUAAACAACGUCCGACAAUCAUUGGUUGAGAGAAUUAGGGCGACAAAAAAGCGGUUGACAGAGUGGCAAAAAGAACAUGUCGAUCCAGAAUAUCUCAACAACCUGAAGAUCAAGUGGGUUGAACCGGAAUAUUCGAGUUCAACCAAUUGCCACGUAUUCACCGGCUCUCCGAUCAUAGUAAGAGAGGACGAGACGAGUUCCAUCAUUGCGUUCACUCUAAGUUCUCAGGAUUACUUUAAAGAAUUGGCCCUGAUGCGUAGCGACGUUGGGGAAAAAUCACAAUCAGCUCCUGUGACACCAGCAGCAGAGCUUCAUGUCCCUCAAGCUUCGUCUUCAUUUUCUACCCUCCUCAAUUCUUUGAGGAAUCCAUCAUCAUCCAAUCUCGCAACAAAAAAAGAUUCCGAUUCUGAUGGUACAGACAGUGAUUCAUUUACCAUGGUUGACGAAUACUCAACGAAGAUAAAACGAAAGUAUAUCAAUGUCAAGGAUAACGGUCUGGGUGACAGGAUUACCCAUGGUAUUGAGUCACUUGGUUCUAUAAAAGCCUUUAAUAUUUCAUCAUUGAGCAGCAAGGACAAGAAAAAAGAUCCCGAAAAGGAAUCUGAAAAAGCCAAAAAGUUCACGGGGCUAUUCGGAAUGAACAGUGUUGAUCCAGAAAAAAAAAGAAAUGACGAAAACAACGAGAAACAAGAAUUGGAUCAAUCCGAAGUCACCGCGAUGAACGGAAGACUAAGUUCAAGUGAAAGCGAGAAACCUAAAGCUAAAGAGGAAGCGAAUGCUGAUACCAUUGCACUUUCAGAAAGUUUUGGUUGGGGAAGGAAGAAUAGUCAAAAAAGCAAGGAAAAAGAUAGUCCACAUAUUAAACAUGGCAAGUUAUUAUAUUCUUCGGAGGAUGCGUUUAGUGAUAGUGAUGAUGAUCGCUUGGUCAUAAAACAAAUAGUGUCAUCUUGGAGAGUUGCAGAAAAGGAGGGCUUCCUGAGAUUUGCUCCUAAAUAUUUUGAAUAUAUGGAUAAAGCUCCAAAUAUGCCAUCCGUUCUUGCAAAAAUAUUCGGUUUCUACACCGUAAAGAUCAAAGACCUCAAGAAAAAUAAUGUCAUCCUUAAAAUGGAUCUCAUUGUGAUGGAGCAUUUAUUCUUUUCAAAAACAAUAACCUGGAAGUUUGAUUUGAAAGGGAUUCAAGAGCGUCAUAUCAAGGACCAGACGAAACAAGAAGACAGCACAAUGUGGGAUGGUGAUUGGGUAGAAGGUCAAUACAAAUCUCGUUUGCUAAUACAUUCGCAUUCCGAAAAGCUGUUGAAAAAGGCUUUAGAUAAUGACACAAAAUUCCUGUGCGAUGCUAACAUCAUGGAUUACUCUCUACUAGUUGGAGUUGAUGAAAAAAGGAAGGAAUUGGUUGCUGGCAUUGUUGAUUUUAUUGGCGCUUACACAUUUUAUAAAAAGAUUGAGAAUAAAGGUAAGACACUUGGUCGUAGCGCAAGGGAAGUCACAGUGUUGCCACCGGACCAGUACAAGGAAAGGUUUGGAGACUCGAUAAAACAAUACUUUUUGCCAGUACCUGGGUUUGAACAAGAUGAUCUUGAAGCCCUAAAGUCAUGUAACGAGACAUCACGUGAUGAAGAAGUUGAUGAGAUGUGCCCGUACAUUGAGUCGGAAAUCCGUCUAGUCACGGAUGUGGAAGAAAGUCUGCGAAAUGAAUCCGUUGAUCGAGGGAAUGCUGCGCAUACGGCAUUUGGUAUGCUAUCAGAGAUUUGA